AUGCAAAUUUCAUUGCAGAACCCUUUCUCGUUCUUUGAUAUUGACGAAUUUGAAAAAAACCAGAACAACAAUCAAUUCUUUGAAGGGGACAAGCCGGAUCCUCACCUUUGUCUGGAAAAUCCACUUGUUGGCUUUUGGUUGAUUUGUUCUGAAAUGUUUGAUUAUCCAUGGGCAACAACCUUCAACGAGGCGUCUUUGUCAAUCAUUCAUGGCAUCAAACAAAAACGGGUGGCACCUUUUCAGUCCUUUUUCCGACCAGAAAGUUCAUAUCAUCAUAUUCAACAUGCAAUCCAGAAGAUCAGUGAUCCAAUGAAUGACCAUUUGGACAAUGCGGUAGGCCAGUCUCAAUUGAACAAAACGACUUUAGUGGAUCAAAGGAAGCGUUAUCGUAAUCUGACCGACAAUAGAUACAAGGCACUGGCGGAUGAAGACGGAUUGAGUGGGGGAAAUGCUGACAAUGCCGAGGCUGAGGACGACGAUGCCACUACUAUUGACGGUGAUGCCUACCAACAACCAAAUCAGGACGAUGAUGACCAUGAAAUUCUAGUGACAGCGGUCCAAAACAACCCAAGACGCCCACCACUUUCUUCAGAUGAUGAGGACGACGGAGAUGAGGAUGAUGAUGAUAAUGAGGAUGAUGAUGCGGUGAGCAACAGUGAGGUGGUUCAGACAGAAUCUGUAGAAGCACUGGUGAGGUCAGAAGACGACAACAUGGCGGUUGACAGCUUGACAAGCCCGACUCAGGUCUCUCAGGACAGCUCUUCAUUGAUCCAUACACCUCCACCUACACGUCGCCUCGCUCCAUCGCCCACUCUUGCUGAGAAACUUAAUAAAUUAAUUCAAGUUAACUUGGAUGGGAUGACCUGCAGAUGUCAUAUUUUUGAGACCACAUUUGCGACAAAUUUCUCGGGAUCGGACUCCGGCACGGUUGCUGAGGCAAUUUUAUCUGCGGUGCUGACAUCCAUGGAGGAAGCCUUGAACAACUCCUUUCACGAGUUGAAGAUCCUUCCUAUCUCCGACGACACUUAUAAACAACAGAACCGGUGGAUUCGGAACUCGGUUGAGUUACGCAACAAAAUUUUGUCCUACCGGGCCCUGAGUCUUUACUGCGAUAUGGAAUAUGGGAAUUCUCCUUAUGCAGCAACCAACAGCAAGCCUGGCGAGAAGAAACUACUUACCCAAAUGCGGGUCGGCUUUGCAAGGGACACGUCAGAAGAGGCGGUACAGGACUAUCUUCACACUGGUCUCCGUUCCCAGGGCCGCGGUGUCGUUACCCGUCGCCGCUUCAAUAUGGGACAUUGUUAA